AUGAAUCAAUUAGCUAUGAUUGGACUUAACCCUAAUGGUCUCAGCCGACUGCUUGCUACUCGUUUUUACAAACAAAUAGUCCAAUCUCAAUUAGAAUAUGGUCUUGCUACUAGCAAGAAUAUUUGGUGGUUCUUGCAGAUCCUCUAUAAAAGUAAUGCUACAACUGACGAAGUUGCCGACUAUGACAGAGCGUGCCCAUAUACUACAAGCUCAAUUCCUCUUACGAUCUCUGUCAUUGCCAGAUAA